GUUGUUGUUGUUAACUAAAACAAAAUCAUUAUACUUCUUUAUAAGAUUAAUCAUAAUCUUAUUAAGAAGUAACAAACAACUGAGGCCAAGCAGUAUAAUUAUUUGGGUUUAAAUGCCGCCAGUUUCUUUUAUUUUGAAGAAUAACGGUUAUAGUGCUUCUUUAUUUUGGUGCGUUAUUGCGUAACUUCACAUAGCGAGUGCUGUUCACUGUCCCAUGGUUCAGGCUCGCUGGCUGGCGGAGAAGUAAAGUGGAGCAGUGAUGUUGGUCAGUAUACAGCAGCUUGGGCCGGCGGUUUCAGUGCUGCUGCUCUGUGAGGCGAUGUGUUUUGCACACGCAGAUAAGAGUAUUGAAGAUGUGUGUUGCAAAUGCAUUUGUCCUCCAUAUCGAAACAUCAGUGGCCAUAUCUACAGCAACAGGAACGUCACCCAAAAGGACUGUAACUGUCUGCAUAUAGUGGUGCCCAUGCCAGUGCCUGGUCAUGAUGUGGAGGCUUAUUGUUUGCUUUGUGAGUGCAAGUAUGAGGAGCGAAGCAGCAAUACCAUCAAGGUAACCAUAAUCAUCUACCUGUCUGUGGUCGGUGCUCUUCUACUGUACAUGCUGUUCUUGCUUUUGGUGGACCCUCUGAUCCGCAAACGUGAUCCCUACAGACAACCACUGCAGAAUGAGGAUGAUGCUGAGAAUGUGAGGGCUCCAGGCCGAGGGAACACUGUGCUGGAGCGAGUGGAAGGGGCUCAGCAGCGCUGGAAGAAACAGGUUCAAGAGCAGCGCAAGACUGUGUUCGAUCGCCACAAAUUGCUUAGCUAAUCUCUCAGUUACAGUGACGCUCAAAGCAAAGGCAAGCUCUCCCUCCUGUGUUUCAUGAUUGAUUGAUUGAUUGAUUUGAUAAAUUUUUUUUAACAAUGGGACCAUAUAUGGCUUUUGUUCUCAGUUAGAUUUUUUGCAUAGCAUUCUGUUUGCUAUUUGAAGCUCAAUUUAAAUUCAUGUGCAUAAAAUUAUAUUAAACUGAAAUUAUUAGCCUUGUUGUAUAACAUGGAGAAUUACUUAAUGGCUGUUUAGCUUAGACUUGUAUUUUAUAUUGUGAAAAAUUGACCAACUUGCAAAGUAAUGUGAAUUUGGGGAACACUGACAUUCUCAGCUUUUCUUCUAAACAAAAUCCAUUGAGCAAGCACAUGUAGUAAUUAAGCAACAUAGGAUUCAUGUGAAUGUUACAAGCGUAUGUCUUUUGCGCAGUUAUAUCUCCAAGUAGAAACUGCUUUUCUUCAUUUAGGACCUUUUGUAGAUAUCAGUGACUGGGUUUUAGGAUAUGCAAAGAUUUGCCAUUCCUAAUGUCAUGUAAGUGGUGACUGAUUUCACACCAAAUAUAAUCUGAUUGCACUGAAUAUUGCCAAUAUUCAAGAUUGUUUUGCACUUCUGUACUUUGUGAUGUGUUAGAGUUCUUAGGGUGGUUUUGCAUUUCAGAUAAAACCUAUGGAUUUUUGUUUGCAUAAUUUAUCUAAUAUAUUUUGAUACCUUAUUUUAACAGGUAUUAUUCUGCUAAGACAUUCUGCUUAGCUCUGUUGGCAAGACUGCCUAUAUUUAUUUUUUACAUGUAAGCUUUAUAUUAAGUUACAAGUUUAUUUGUUAUGCCUAGCUUAUAGUUAAUUAUUGGCAACUUUACUUGGGUACAUCUAACAUAUCUGAGGAAUUUUGCACAUGCUGUUUAUGGGUAUACUGUUUAAUUGCUGUUGUUAUGUAUAAUUUCUGAGCCUCCUCUACCCUGUUCUUCAGUUGAAAAGGUCCACCAUACACUUUGCCCCUUGAGGGAGUUCAUAUUUUAUUUGUAGAACUCUACAACAUUAUUUUCCUUUUAGAACAGGUUCCAAAUCAAACCUGUUUUUGAUAGAAUCCUUAAAUAUCUAAUGAAUCUGUGAAGAUCCCAUUUGUUUUCUAAGAGUGUAGGACCCCCAGUCAUAAUGGUAUGAUGAUGUGUAGUUCUGCCGUCCUUGAUAUACUUGUACCAAUGCCUUGUUUCUGUGACGGUGGAAUGAAUUGUGCAUGAUGACAGUAAUUAUGUUCUCUUCAGUAUGUACCCAUUAAAAAUGGUUGCUGAGUGUAGGUGCAAGGGAGAUGUACCCGAUAAACAUGAGUUUAAUAAACUUGAGUGUAUGUCACUGUUCUAUUUCAGGAAAUAUAUUUCCAUAUGUUGUAUUCUACUUGCAUUGAGAAAUUAAAUAAACACAAUCUUUGAAAGUUG